AUGAAUUGCUAUCAUAAUUUAAAAUUAAAUCCAGGAACAAAUCAAUGUGAAGAGCCCCAGUCAAUCCCGAUUUGUGCAAAUGGAGGAUCUGCCUAUUCCCAUCAAUUAUAUCGAGCUAAAGAUCCAUUUACUUGUGAUGGCAAACCAAAUGGGGAAUAUGAAUCAAGUGUUUGUUCUUCCACGUAUAUAACUUGUGAUAAUGGAAAGAAAAUUGAAAGAGAAUGUCCUUAUGGUUUGGCAUAUAAUCAAAAGGCUGGGGCUUGUGAUAGAAAGGAAAAAUGCAAAACUGAAGGAGCACCGGGUCAAGGAAAUGUUCGAAAAAUGCGAGCUUCUAGUCCAUUUGAGGAUAGUUUCGGAGGAUAUGAAGCACCAAUUUCUAAAUUUGCCGGUGGACCUCCAGCUUUUGUUCCUCCAAUUUAUGCGCCUCCCGCUUAUGGACCAACACCUCAACCAAAUCCUCCAACAACUACAAAACCGCCACCUGUUUAUAUUCCUGUUACACCCGCUCCACCAGCAUAUAUUCCCCCGCAACAACCAGCACCGCCAGCAUAUGUUCCUCCUCCGCCAGCACAACCUCCUGCUUAUGCACCUCCAAGCUAUGUCCCAACACCUCCACCCGCAUAUAACCCAGCACCUCCACCUGCAUAUGGCCCAGCACCUCCUCCACAGUUCGACUGCUCAUCAAAGCCUGAUGGUUUAUAUGAAUUACCUUCUGGAGGUUGCACUGAUAAAUUCUGGAAAUGUGCAAAUCAACGAGCAUUCCUUUACCAAUGUCCUCCAAAUUUGGCAUAUUAUGCUGUUGGAAAAUACUGUGACUACAAAUUUUAUGUUCCUGCAUGUGGAGGAUCACCCCCACCAGUACAAACAUCCACUGCUGGUCCUCCUCCACCCCCUACUUAUGACUGCUCCAAAAAAUCUGAUGGGCUCUACGGUGCUGAAAAUUGUACCUCUUCUUAUUUCUUUUACUGUUCUGCCGGUAAAACAACUGUAAUGCAAUGUGCUUCGCCACAAUUGGUCUUUGAUGAAGUUAAUCAAGUCUGUGAAUAUUCUGGAGACUGUGGGAAGCAAAAGCCGAAACCACCCAGCUACGGACAACCACCAGCACCUCCAAGCUACCAACCACCAGCACCUCCAAGCUACCAACCACCAGCACCUCCAAGCUACCAACCACCAGCACCUCCAAGCUACCAACCACCGGCACCUCCAAGCUACCAACCACCGGCACCUCCAAGCUACCAACCACCAGCACCUCCAAGCUACCAACCACCAGCACCCCCAAGCUACGGACCACCUGCACCUCCAUCUUAUGGAUUAUACCGAAAAAAACGCAAUAUUCCUCAACCACCACAAUAUCCACCCCCACAACCUAUCCAGCCUUAUGUACCACCUCCCGUUUCUUUCAAUUGCAGCGGAAAAGCUGAUGGUUAUUAUGUAAAGGAUGGAUGUUCAAAAGAUUAUUAUACUUGCACUAAUGGAAUUGCUUAUUCAACAACAUGUCCAGGCUCUCUUUUCUUCAAUAUUGCCUCAAAACAGUGUGACUACAAAGAAAAUUGUCCACCCCCUCCUACACCUCCUCCACCACCACCACCUUCUCAAUAUUCUCCUCCAGCACCAAUUCCUCCACCACAAACUCCCCCACCUCCACCAAUUAGUUGUAAAGGAAGGAAGGAUGGAUUUUAUUAUCAAAACGCUUGUGAAGGACAUUACUAUGUUUGCAGUGGGGAAAGUGCUUUUACUCAAUAUUGUCCAGCUGGAACUUUGUUUGAACCAUCAAAAGCUGAGUGUACAUUUAAAGAAGAAUGUGGAAAGACUCCUCCACAGCCAUAUACUCCCCCACCAAGUGUUUAUACUCCACAACAAGUCCCCCUGGUUCUCCUGAUACCGUCAAAAUUCCUCCUUCUCCUCCAUCCUCUCCCUCUUAUGGAGAAUUUAAUUGCCAUGGAAAAGCUGAUGGUUAUUAUUAUCAACAAAAUUGUCAACCAAUUUGGAUUAUCUGUACUGGUGGAUAUACUUAUAAACAAAAUUGUGCGCCCGGAACUCUUUUUGACUCAAAACAGAAUGGAUGUACAUUUGCUGCUGAAUGUGGCAAAACAGGAGAAGGAAAAUAGUAAAAAUAUAUUAAUUAAAAAAUAA